AUGACAAGUGAAACAGAAAUGAGCUCGUUAGAAUUUAGAUAUGGUGACACUUAUUUUACUACGUACAUGAAUCAAGUACCUUAUCAAUUAGAAAAUCCUUUAUUUGAAUUACCACAAGAAAAUGGUUUCAGUUCAACCGGUGAAGGUAGAAUACGUAAUAAAUUAUACAUGCAUCAAGCAUUAAUUAGAUUAUAUAAUCAUUUAUCUUUACGUGUUAAUCUUACAACGGAAAUCACAAAAGAAUUUUCACCGACUUUAUACGAAAGAGAUGUUAGAUCCCCUUGUCAUAAUGAUAAAUGUUUAUUCUUAACGAAUAAACAUAGUUUUCCUAGUAUAAGAUCAUUUAAAUAUCUCCCUUAUAUAAAUAUUAGUGAAAGUGAACGUUUGCAUUCUAGUUUUUUUAAUACUCAUCAUUUCAUAUCCCAUCCUUAUUCUAAUGCUGUUGAUCAUGAUAAUUUUACUACCUGGAUUUCUCAGGAUGUUAUUAAAAAAGACGACUAUAUUGGAUUAGAUUUAUUAUUACCUAUGCCGGUACCACUUACCUUUAAUUUAAUUAUUGAUCAUGAUCGAGAUUAUUUUAAUCAUCUAUCUAUACAAAUUUCUCAUGAUGGUUCUGAAUGGAUUCAACUAUCUCCUUUACCUAAAUUAGAAAUUAAUGAUUUAUCUACAUCAUUUACCAAGAAUAAUUUAUUAUCAUGUAAAUUUCUUGUACGUGAAACUGGUUUUAGAUUUUUAAAAUUAGUUAGUACAAAAGAUUGGAACUUUACCUUCUCUAUUUAUGAUUUUACUUUUAAUGGUCAUAUGGAUGAAAAUAAUUUGGUUGUUAAUGAAGUUAGUUUAGGGGAUGAUAAUGAUGAAAAUGAUUAA